AUGUGAUACUAACAAAACAAUCAAAUGACCUCAGUUCCUCCCAGCUGCUGUAAACAUGAUGUUAGAUUUAAAAUACAGUUUCUGCAUUUACUAUUCUAACCACAUGUUCAGGGCUGAGAAGAACUAAUAAAACCAUAUUGGUCGACUCAACUGGAUAUUGGGAACAAUACGUCCUCCUCAAUGUCUGUGGCUUACAGUCCUGCUUACUUCAGAGCUACACACUUAAAUGGACAAAUUUAAGGUUGUUUAGAAGGAGACGACACAUACAGAUGAGACAAUUCUGCACAUGAAUUUCCUGUCUUUGUCAUGCAGUAUUAGCUCACAAGGGCCAUUCAUGGGAGUGUCUUUCUGCCUUUCUUCUUUUUAUGUGAUGGAAGGAUGUGGUUUUCUUAAACAUAUGAAACAUGUUCGUUGGUGUUUUUAAUGCGUGCUGAGGAAGUGUGUGCAAGUGAAUGGGAAGGGAGGUUCAGCUGGUGGUGAUUUUAUGCAUCUCUCUUACCACUUUAAGUCAUAAAGACAAAUACACAGAUCUCUAGAAUUUUUGAAGCUCUAAGAGGUGUGAAGAACCUGGAAUAUUUGGAGUCACUAGAAGAAUGUCAUUUUGUGGGUAUUUCCUCACAGCUUUGAUCAUCCUCAAGCAGCAUUUUACUGCUGCUGAACGCUCUGUCCCACCGGCUCCUACCCUGAUCCAGAACGCCGUCAUAGACUCAUCUGUGGAGUUGAUUUGUCAGGCUCCACGGGGUUAUAGUGGACUUAAAUUUAAACUUUUUAAAAUUCGCAAUCUGACACAAACCAUACAGCAUUCAACCAAAGAACAAAGGGCUCGCUUUAUGCUUAUGGGAAAAGAUACAGGGAAAGAGAAUCUGUAUUGCUGUCAGUAUGAAAACAGCAUGUUCAGUUCCUACAUGCACCCAGAGCCAAAAGACUUCAGUCCCCCUCCGUCCCCUCACUUGAUGGUCGAGCCCUCUAGUGGGCAUGUGACGCCUGGCGAGACACUGUCAUUCCACUGUCAGGCUCCACCUGACCAUCAGAAACAUCCCCCAGAGACUUUCCUCCUGCUCCAGAGAGCCAAAGGAACCCCAGGCUCCAUGGUCGCCCCAGCCAAGCUGGUGUCUCAGUCCCUGGAAGCUCACUUCAGUGUGAAGACAAUGGGACGGGAGGACAGUGGGGAGUACGUCUGCCUCUACCAACUCAAAUUACCAAAGACGGGGCAUGUGAACUCCACAGCCAGUCAGCCGGUACACAUUACUGUCAUAGAGCUCCCAGUGCCCACUCUGUCUUUAUCCCGACAUGAGGGUGAAUUUCUGGAGUGUGUGGGGUCACCGGCAUAUCUAAAAGGCUUCUUCUCCUUAUUUCGUGUGGGUGUCCUGUCACCUGAGGCGACCCAUCAGGCUUCCCUGACCCAACACAGUGCUAGAUUUCCCGUACCCACUCGUUAUGAACAUGGUGCUCAGUAUCAGUGUCAGUACAGCGUGUCUCUGGGAAAAUUCUGGGCGUACUCUAAGAUGAGCACUCCAGUAACUCUCCCAUGCAUUACAGGAUAUCACACAUGCACACAGGUCUCUACAGGCAGCACAGACCUGGCUCUUAUUGCUGGCUCUGUGUCUGCGGGUGUUCUGUUCCUCAUGGUGGUGUCACUCCUGGGCUUUGCCGUGCACAGACAUAUCAAAAACAAGUCAGAAAGAAGGAGACAAAGAGAACAAGAAAAAUUCUGGCAACAUAUUCACUCCAGAGAUCAUAUUGUUGACCUCACUCUGCAGCGUGUUGACAUUGGAUCUGAGGGCUGUGGAGAGAUGCUAAGAGGAAGACCCUCGGAUUCAGAGGCCAUCUAUGACUGUCCCAUGACAACCUUUAAGAACACUUCAUUUUACUGACUUUCUAUCUAUCCAUCUAUCUAUCUGUCUGUCUA